GACUUGAGUGUGCGAGAGACGGCGACUAGAGCCGCCGAUUCACCUGCACUCCGUGAGGGGGGACGGACAUCCACAGCAGCCGGCCAGCAUCCCAGCUGGGCGCUGUGGUGGAGCUACUACAUCAGACAGACAGACAGGACAGGAGAAGGUUUUCAGAACCUUACUCUGGGAAAAAAAACACACACACACACACACCGUAGCUGAGAUGAAAGUGCAAUAACACACCUCAGAGCUUUUCUCACAAACUGUCUCCAGACACGGGGACACUUUCAGCAGCGACACGACGUCAAACAGCACUCCGCUCCACAACUCUCCAAACCCGCACCUGCAGGAAUUUCCGAUCAGUUCAUCGCAACAAUGUACCGCUCAACCAAAGGAGCAUCCAAGGCUCGACGGGACCAGAUCAACGCCGAGAUCCGGAACCUGAAGGACUUGUUGCCCAUAACCGAUGCAGAUAAAGCUCGGCUCUCAUACCUGCACAUCAUGUCACUCGCCUGCAUGUACACCAGGAAAUCCGUCUUCUUCACCCAAGAAGCGGGAACAGCCGCUGGCAGCCUCGAGGAAAGCACGCAGUUUCUGUCUUUCCAUGAACUGUCAGAGUUGGUGCAGGCGUUGCCGGGCUUUCUGAUGCUGCUGACUGGAGAAGGGAAGCUCCUGUACAUGUCAGACAGCGUCUCUGAGCAUCUUGGACACUCCAUGGUGGAUCUUGUGGCACAGGGCGACAGUGUGUACGACAUCAUCGACGCCUCUGACAGCCUGACCAUGAGGACCAACCUGUCAACCUCUACAUCACUUGAGAUAGAUCGUCUCUUCCGCUGUCGUUUCAACACCUCAAAGUCAGUGCGGAGGCAGAGUGCUGGGAACAAGCUGGUUCUGAUCCGAGCUCGCUGCCUUUCUCCCCCUUCCACUUCUUCAGCCGCCGGGUCCUACUGGACCUCCAACCCCGUGUGGGUGUGUUUCUGCUCCCCACUGGAGAUGCACCCGACCCGGUCCGGCCCCGGGGCAGAGAGGGAGCUGACCUCCACCCCUCCACUGGCUGAUACCAACUUGUUUCUGACCUGCUUCUUCUCCCAACAUGGCCGGGACAUGAGGCUGGAGACAGCGCAGGACAGUGUGAGCGCCUAUCUUGGCUUUGAUGUGACAGCUUUACGAUCCCGCUCCUGGUACAGCCUCCUCCACCCACAGGAUCUGUCACAUGCCUCCGCUCAGCACCGUAGCCUAUUGAGGGAGGGAGGAGAAGGCAGAGCUGAGAUGGUGGUGCGUGUGCAAGCUCAGGACCAGUCAUGGGUUUGGCUGUACAUGGUGCUACAGCUGCAGCCGGGAGAAUUCCCCAUCAGCAGCAACAACUACAUCAUCAGUGAGUCUGAGGCCUGGUCAGUGCGUCAGCAGCUCAACACAGAGCAGACCCAGCUGACCCUGGUUCUGACCACUGGCACCUCCCAGCAAGAGAGUCUGAGUCUGCAGUCCCCAGACACCCUAUCCAGCCCAGACCAGGUCUUCACCCCAGGCAGCAGCGGCCUGUCGGCACAGUCCUUUGACUUCAGCACCACUGGCUGCAGUGUGGGCUCCUCUGAUGAACCGGGCAGCUCGGCUGCAGAGCCCAUGCAGGUGGAGGGUGACCCUCGCUCCAGCAUCUCCUCCCUGGAGGAGGAAACCUUCUUCCAGCAGCAUCCUACGGAGAGCCCCUCCGCUGCCUCCUCCCCCACCCCGGUUACUGUUGAAACAGUGACAGACUUGGACUUUUUGACCCAAAACAUUCUCCUCCCGCCGUCCUUCCAGCUUGAGCCCCCGCUGCCAUCUCUCCCCCUGCCUCUCCCACCUGUCCCCACCUCAGAAGCUCAGCAGACCAAAGAGUUUGUCUGCACACCGCCCUACACUCCACACGUCAGUGGGGCCAGCUUCCCGUUUGGUGAACCCCUCUUCAGCUUCGACCCCACUGGCACCACCACACCUCCGCUCUCUGCUACAACAGCCACGGCCACCACCUCGUUGGCCCCUUCUGCGCCCUCCACUGCCCCUCCCACUACCACCUCCAGCCCUGCUCCACCCACCACACUGUCUACCAAGCUUCCCCUCACUCUACCAACUCUCUCCACUGACCUCCUCUUCCCAGUGGAGCCAUGCAGUGGCUCCCUGUAUGAGAAGCUGCCCCCUACACCUGACAGCCCUGGAGAUGGUGACUGCACAGUCAUGACACUGCCCGAAGUGCGGGGUCCACUGUAUGUAGAUGUACCACUGGGGCCACUCCAGUGUCCCCCCGAGGGACUCCUCACCCCUGAGGCCUCACCUGGUAAACAGCCCUGCCUCUCCUUCUUCUCCUUGGAGAGAGAAAGGGAGAAAGAAAGAGCAGAGAUCUCGCUCUUAGCUCAGCACAUCAGCUCAUUGGCAGAGGGAUUCUAUCUAGAUCCACUCCUGUCCAAACUCUCUCCUCCCUCCAUGUCACCCUCAUCCUCUCCUCCCUCCCCCUUCCUGUCCCCCAGCAUAGAAACCGCUGGCGUCGAUUCAGUCCACAUGCCUAGGGAGUUUUAUCCCAUCAAAGCAUGGAGAGGUCUGGACAUUCCCAUGUUCCUAGAUGAUGAUGACUCUCUGUUUGAAGAGAGCAUCCUAGAAACUUUGCUCCAAGACGACUUCGCUCCCCCUCUUCCUCAGUCCCCCUGUCCUUCCUCCCCGUCCCCAUGCACCUCUCCCGUGCCCAACCCCAACAGCCCAGCCUCUCCUCAAACCCCAGUGUACUGGCACCAACCCUCCCAGUUUGAGGGAGUGGGCCACUUCUGUAGCGUCCAAUCGGCGCAAUGUAACUCCACAGCCGGGUGUGGGGCAACUGUGGCCUCCGAGGCUGGGGUGAAGACGGUAGGGGAGGGGCUUGGGGAGGAAGCAAUGGAGAUCGAGGUGGCGUCAUCUCCUAUGUCCUCUUGCUCCUCCAUCCCAGCGUCCCCCCCCCUCAUUCUCACCGUCUCCCCCGGCCCGGCCACUGCCAUGCCCAUCGGCUCGCCCACACCUGCUGUGUCUUGCACUCAGUCCCUCCUGGAGGAACUGGCCGUCCUGGAACCCAUGUUUGGGGCAGGUGCCUCGAUCGCCCCUGGCUUAGGGCAACAACCUGAGUUGUAUCAACUCCAAUGUCAUCCAUCGCCACAGUGCUUCCACAAAGAUGGGAGUGGAAGUGUUCCUCCGUUCUAAAAUAAGUCUGUGACUUACUUCAUUAAGUAUGGCAUAUUGUCAUAUUUUGUGGAGCCACUUUUACUGAAAAGUAAAACAUAAUUAAGUGUAUAAAUAUACAUAAUGUAUAUACAACUUAAGGACUUUAACUCCUACAUGUCUCCUGAGAACAAAGAUUGGCUUGAUAUUUUUGUUCAGUCCAUAGUCUGUAAACUACUACAAAACUGGUGCAACAUUUACACGAUGGUGCGACCGCAUGGACCCAUAACUGACUGGGUUUUGGGCCCAUGUGGUGUCCGUCUUUCAGCUUCUCUGUAACACGAGUUUCAGAUAAUAUAAUCAGACGUCAGAGAGACCACUCUGAACUUGUACGCGCAGUUUUAAAACUUCCAGACGCGCAUUUGUAUUCACUCGUAGUGAAAACUCUGUUGUGAACAAAAAAAGAAAAAGUAAAUUUCUUUGCUAUUUACAAAAUAGCACCUUUUUUUGCCCGGCAUACUACAACGCAAACUCAGACCUCAAAUGUAUUAGGAGGCAGGUGUUUACAAAUUUACAAGCGCAGUAUGAAAACUACGUGUAAAUCAACAGAAGAAAGAUUUCUUGCUGUAAAAUCCACUUAUCAAAACCACUUUUUAAAACUCUGGAUACUUUGAGCUUUGAGUUUGCGCUUGAACAUUUCAUAUUUAUCUCUCCAUUUACGAUCUUGUGUAUCAAUGUGAUGUGCAAACAAAACAAAACAAAAAAAAACAAACAUGUGAAAGAGAUCCUGGCAUGCUGAAGAUCUCACGAAUGUUAAAGGUGUCCAUUGCUUUACAAUGUGUCCUGGCACCUAACACAGAGACGUGUUGCCGGUGAUCUCUGACCUCAUGCCACACAAAUCCACUGCUACGUUGUUCUACUACUGUACAUGAGACUGUGAAUGUGCGCUCUUCAGGUCUGUGCUGGCCUGAAGGCAAGUCAAGCUGGAUAUCCCUGCAGCAUCAAUAUUUGCAAUGCUGGCAGCUUAUAGCGGCUCCUGUGUGCCUGAAAAUGGCCCUGACCUGCUGAACUCUUUAUCAUGUCCAUUCAAACAUGGACAGUGGCAUCGUUGCUCCCCUGGAGCGCGGUGUGGUGACGAGGCACAAUUGACUAUGUGAAUGAGCGAUUCUUCUUUUUUGAGAGGGGUUAGAAAUACUAAAAGUUUUGUUUUAAAAAAUGGAAAAACAAAUAGGGAUUGGGUGCUAUUUCUAUUCAGUUACCAAGCGACACGGGUUGAGAAUGGUACUAUUCCCAUGGUGUCGACGUGCUCACGUAGAGUUGUCUACGGUCAAGUAAAGGAUUGAUUCCUACGUUCUAUAGCUAUUCAAGGCUAAGUUAAUAAUAUACAUGUGUACAAUUAUAUUACUGUAAGUGUGACAUUUGGAACAAAAACAAACAAAAAAAGAUGUUAAUGCAUAUGCAUUAUGUCCGAGGAUGUACGCAUAUGCUCUUUUAUGAAAGGUUGUACACAUUUGUACAUUUGUAUGAACAAAAAGCUGUUAUUGGUCUGUACAUAAUGACAGAGGAAGAAAGAUUUUUAUUGCCUAAGAUGGAAUAUAUUGUAAACAUCUUACUUACUUGCAGAACGGACAUUGUGGACCAGUGUUCUAUUGUGAUGCUUAUAAGUGUAUUUGAUUGUCAUACAAAUGCAUUUAUAUUAAAGUGCACUUAAUGCGG